AUGAGUUCUAGUUCUGAUGAAAAGAAAACUAUUUUAAUUAUUGGAGCUGGUCUAGGUGGUUUAGCUCUUGCUCAAUUAUUACAACAAGAAUUAUCUUCUUCUAUUAAAGUAAUUGUAUUUGAACGUGAUGCUGAUGAAGAUUUUCGUGAUCAAGGUUACUUUAUCACAAUUAAUCAAAUGGGUAAUGAUGUACUCAAACGUAUCUCAUCAGUUGAUGAUGUUUUUUCUCAUCCAUCAACUAUGUCUUACAGUCAACAUCAAUUGAAAUUAGUAGAUAAAUCUAUGAAUAUCAUGCUUGAACAGACUUCAGGUGAAAUAAAAAUUAUAGAACGAGGCAUUUUACGACGAAGUCUUCUUAAAAAUAUUGAUGUUCAAUGGAAUAAACGAUUUGUUUCAUAUAAAAUUCUCGAUGAUGGUGUUGAAAUUCAUUUUGAAGAUGAUUCAAGUGUACAAGGUACAUUACUUGUUGGCUGUGAUGGAGCCAAAUCACUUGUACGAACUCAACUUAUACCAGAUUUACAACGAAAUGAAACAGGCGUUGUUUUUGUAUCAGGUACUAUUGAACAAAAUGAAGAAUUAUCAAAAAUUAAACAAUUAGUAUCGAAUAGUCUUGUACAAAUACUUGGUGAUCAAGGACAUUCAUUGUUCUUAAUUUCUACUGGACAAUUAUGGCUUUGGUCUCUUUCAUGGCCAAGUACAAAUAGAAUAGAAACAGAAAUUUCAUUAACACAGUUACUUGAUAAAGUUCAUACUAAUUUUAAUAAUGAAGAAUUUAUUCGUUUAAUAGAAUUAUCUUCAUCAAUACGUCUCGAUAUAUUACCUGUUUAUUCUUUUCCACUUUUAAAAAUUAAUCCAUAUCCAAAUAAUUCUCGAGUAACAUUACUUGGUGAUGCUGCUCAUGUAAUGACUCCUCAUCGUGGAAUGGGUGCAAAUACAGCUUUUGCUGAUGCAUUCGAUCUUAUUGAUGUAAUACGUUCUGAUCAUACUAAAUCUUCUCUUGCUGAUUAUGAAGAGAAAAUGUUUAAACGUGGUUUUCAAGCUAUUCAAGAUUCUCUUGAAAGUACUCGUAUGGCACAUAUGUUAGGUGUAUCAGCUCGAAUACGUAACUAUAUUAUGUGGUUAUUACAUUAUUCUAUAACAUUAAAAAAUUUAAUUUCAAUGCCAUUUUAUUGGUAUUGGAAUAGAACAAACUAA